UGAGAAGAGAGUGGAGUUCGAAUUUGAGGGAAGAAGAGGUUCUUCCACCCUGGGAGUUCGUUGGGUAUAGUUUUUACUCUUAACCCAUUGACCUUUUCUUUUCCUUUCUUGAAUUCUGAGGCAAAUCGAUCGAGUAUAAUUUUUUCGAUUCUAUCACUACAAUUAAGGUAGAAAGCUUAGAGCUUGGACCCAGGGAGAGUUCAGAAGAUGUAGGUCGUCAGACAUUGACGUGGAUCGCAGUGAAUUCUCGGAAAAAACUGCAUAAGUAGAAGAAUUCGAAGAUUUCCUGACAGAUAUCUAUAGCUUCACUUUCUCUCUACAACUAUUUGCAGGAAAAUGGCUACUCUGGUCGAGCCACCUAAUGGGAUGGGAUCUCGGGGGAAACAUUACUACUCUAUGUGGCAAACUUUGUUCGAGAUUGACACAAAAUAUGUGCCUAUUAAGCCCAUCGGUAGAGGAGCUUAUGGUAUUGUGUGCUCUUCUAUCGACAGAGAAACAAAUGAGAAAGUUGCAAUUAAGAAAAUCCACAAUGCCUUCGAGAAUCGUAUUGAUGCUCUGAGAACUCUGCGGGAACUGAAACUACUUCGGCAUCUAAGACAUGAGAAUGUGAUUGCUUUGAAGGAUGUUAUGAUGCCUAUCCAUAGGAGAAGUUUCAAGGAUGUUUAUCUGGUUUAUGAACUCAUGGAUACAGAUCUCCAUCAGAUUAUCAAAUCUUCUCAAGCACUUACUAAUGAUCACUGCCAAUAUUUCCUCUUUCAGUUGCUUAGAGGACUGAAGUAUCUCCACUCAGCAAACAUUCUCCACCGGGACCUGAAGCCAGGAAAUCUCCUUGUGAAUGCCAACUGUGACCUUAAGAUCUGUGACUUCGGACUGGCACGCACCAGCAGUGGCAAGGGCCAAUUCAUGACUGAGUAUGUUGUCACCCGUUGGUAUAGAGCCCCUGAACUUCUCCUCUGCUGCGACAACUAUGGGACCUCUAUUGAUGUCUGGUCGGUUGGAUGUAUUUUUGCUGAGCUUCUAGGCCGUAAACCCAUCUUUCCUGGUACUGAGUGCCUCAAUCAGCUCAAACUAAUCAUUAAUGUUCUUGGAAGCCAAAAUGAGGCAGAUCUUGAGUUCAUCGACAACCCAAAGGCUAGGAAGUACAUCAAGUCACUCCCAUAUUCCCCUGGCACCCCCUUAUUCCAUUUGUAUCCCAAUGCAAAUCCUUUGGCGAUUGACCUAUUGCAGAGGAUGCUUGUCUUUGAUCCAUCCAAAAGAAUUGGUGUCACAGAAGCUCUCCAACAUCCUUUCUUGUCGGCUCUGUAUGACCCAAGAUGCAACCCGCCUGCUCAGGUCCCAAUAGACCUCGACAUAGAUGAAGACUUGGGUGAGGAGAUGAUCAGGGAGAUGAUGUGGAAAGAAAUGCUUCACUACCAUCCUGAAUCAGUUUCAGCCAAUGCAUAGGAAACCAUCAUUCUAUGGAGAGGUCUUGGAAGCUGGUCCAUUUGGAGAAAGGUUAUUUAUAUGAAAAGUAGUAGCUCAUUUCUUCUUCCUUUUUUUUUUUUUUUUUAAUUAUAAUUGAAGAUGCAUGCAUUAGAGGUUUGUGCUAUUAGUGCAUGAGAUUACUAAGAGUUUUGUUUUAAGAGUUGUUUGUUGGUUCGCGCUGAUUUGCUUGGUAGCUGGCCUCUUUUAGGUUGUACAUAAGUGUGCUGUUGUAUGUUGUAUGAACACUUUGACCUCAUUGUACAUUCAUGGUUGAUGUAUCUGUAGUACAAUGAUAAAAAGUUAUGGAUCAUCAACUGUUUAUCA